AGACCACCUGACCAUGUAAGUCUACUAUAUAAAUAGUUUCGUUUUACCCUGACCAAGACGUGGGCAUUUAAUUUCUGUAUGAACUGUUGUUGAACAACAUGAAUAACAAUCUGUCUUUGAAAACACAAUUGUAUUCACCUACUGGAAUGAACGGCUUUGGAAAUGAUCCACCAAUUUUUCCGCAAGAAUCGCCCUCAUCUGUUCUGGCUGAUGUGAAUCAACAGUUAAACAGUAUGGAAAAUAACAUGGUUCCUAAUUCCAGUGGACUGGGUGUAGAUGAUUUACCAGAUUUCUUGGAUGAAAUCGACUUAAAGGAAAUAAAUGACUUAAUUUAUUCACAUACUCCAAAUGCACUUAUGGAUAAUUAUACAGUCACAUCACCAUUAUCAGCAAAUCAAAUUAGAAAUGACUCUGGACCAUUCAGGGGUCAAUACAGAAAAAUAGAAGAACUUCUCAUUAACGGAAGUGAAAUUGAUAAGAGUGCUAUCGACAGAAUGUGGUUACAAUGGAAUGACCCAUUGUUCGAUAUUACCUCAAGGAAAACGUUUGCUGGAGUUAUUGAACAGAUUAGAUGGGACCAGCUAGAUCCAACAAAUGAAAUGUCAAGGCUCAAUUGGAAUCUUACUACAGCAAUGAUUGGAGAGUUGAAAAGUGAAGUUGAUAACUUUGUGACUCAGUAUAAUGGACCUUAUGAACGCCUAUAUCCACUGAAACGAUGGCAGGAAAAACUUGGGGAUCCAAGUUGUUAUAGUACAUUGGUUGGCCUUAUCUUGAGGAUUUUGAAUGAAGAGAGAAGAAUAAUCGAGUGUGCACAGGAUCCGCGAUAUCAAAGUCAGAACAACAUGUUGGACGUAAAGAAGCAAGAGGCUAAUAAUUACUUGGAACGAAUUCAAUUUCUUUCAGAGAAUCUGACGAAGGAUGAACGUAUAAGUCAAAAUGUCGCAAUGGAAAUCGAAAAUUUGAACUCAUGUGUUCAGGAACUUCAAGUUCUGGUUCAAGGACGAUUGCGUUAUCUUGACCAGUAUAAUCUUCGGGGAGCAACACCUGCUGAAUUAAAAACUUUCGAAGGCAUAAAACAAAAGCGUAACAUGGCUUGGCAGAAUGAAAAGAGAAUUCUUGCAAAUACUCAUUGGGAACUUUCAAAUGAUAUCCAGCGCCUCAUCACUCAGGUCUUGGAUGAAGAAGUUCGAGAAUGGCAACGAAACCAAGCUUGUAUGAACAACGGGAUGUCUCUAACACAUUAUUGUACUCUUCCCAUGUUGCAGGAUUGGUGCAAACGUCUGGCAAGGUUGGUCAGUGGCAACAUCCAACAAAUUACGAAGCUCCAAUUUAUUGAGGAACAAAUUGGACCUGAUAACAGAGCAAGUAAUAAUUCAUCUGAAGCCUCCAGUCUACAAUACAUCAACGAACUUAUAAAUAGAUAUUCAAUGAUGUUGCAUCAGCUUGUGGAAAAAGGUCUUGUUGUAGAAACACAGCCUCCUCAAGUUCUUAUGAAAGAUAAAAGAUUUCAGAGCAAAUUACGUCAUCUGGUUUGUGAUGGUCUGGAUAUUCAUCAGGUACCUUUUGACGUUGAGGUGUGGUUGAUCAGUGAAGAGCAAGCCAAUCAUGUCUUAAAAGAAGGAACACAUUCUAAAUUCAAAGAGGGUGGAACUAUUGUCAACAAUAAAUCAAGAUCUGAAUACUUACCAAACUCUGGAAUAGUAUCAGUCAGCAUGAGAAACAUGUGUUUGAAAAUGGGUCAGCGUGGUCCUCAACAGCAAGCUGGAAUGGUUGCAGAAGUCAAAGUAGCCAUGAUAUUCCGUGCUAACAUAACUGUCAGGUGUUCACCUACACAAACCAUAACUGUAAAAGCCCAGACAAUUUCUCUGCCUAUUGUUGUGAUAUCACAUGGAAAACAAGAAGCUGAUGCCCAAGCUACUAUUUUCUGGGAUAAUGCAUUUGCAAGUGAUACCAGAAACUUGUUUGAAGUUGAAAAAUCGGUGAGUUGGCAAAGAAUGCUUGAUGCACUGGAUUGUAGAUGGAAGAAAGAAUGUAGAGAUAGUAAUGGAGCUGUUGGACUCACUGAUACAUCAAGGGAAUAUUUGACUAUGAAACUAUUCAAGCAAAGGUGCAUCACACCAGCAAUGCAAAUCCUCUGGGAUAAAUUUAAUCAUGAUAAAAUGGUGAUGGGAGGUGGAGCAGAACCAAAAAAAGAAUUAUUCACUUUCUGGAGUUGGUUUUUCAAGGCAAUGGAGUUGUGCAGUUCUUCUUAUGUGAGAAAAUAUUGGAACUUGGGUCUUAUUCACGGCUUCUUGAGCAAACAAGCUUGCAACAAAAUGCUUCUCGAAUCUAAACAACCUGGAGUAUUUCUCUUUAGAUUCAGUGAAACUAAAUUUGGAGCUUUAUCCAUUUCAUGUACCAGAAUUAUCAAUGGUCAACUCCAGGUAUGCCAUUUGCAACCAGAUAUAGCAAAAGACUUUAAAGUGCGAAGCUUGCCAGACAUGCUUUGUGAUUUGGAUGACUUGCACACUUUAUAUCCUGACAAAUUGAAGGAUGAAGUUUUUGGUCCAUAUUACUCAAAUGCAGUACCGCCUCCCACUUUUAGUGAAGAUGGAUAUAUCCCUAAAGAAUUUGUUGUUGUUGUUAAAAAUCCGCGAACUGGUCAUGGCAGUCGAUCUUUUGAUCAUUCAUCUUCUAUAGCUUCUCCUGAUGUGUCUUCUUGCCUGACAGACAAAGAUGAAGGAAUGGAGGAUGACAGCAGUUAAUUUUGUGAAGUGAAUAACUUCGAUAUACAGUAUCAUUCACUGAAGAUGCUAUUAAAAUGAAAACUGUUUCUGUACAAAAAAGACUGCUUUUCAGCUUAAUUAAGAACCCUUUUUAAGCUUGAAUUACAAAAAGCCUUUUUUUGAUUUUGAAUUUUUUCUGAAUUUUAUUUUGUGUGACCCGCAGUGCAUUUUGGCAAUCUUACUUUUAUUUUUGUCAAAAAAGUUUCUAUCCUUGCACUUGCGGUAUUGAUUAAAAUGUUAAAAACUUUUAAUUAUGUAUCCUGUAAUAGCUGCUUCUUUACUGAUUUUUUGUAAAAAUAAUCUAAUGUAUAUUUUUGGGCACAGGGAAAAAGUUGUUGCAAAGGACUAGGUUGUAUUUAUAGUGAGGUAUUCUAGAAUUUAUAUCAAUAUUGCGUAUUUUUCCCAAUAAUGGUAGUCCGUGCUCAAAAGGUAUACUAUACUAAAGUACAUCAGUAUUUCCCUGUAUUAAAGCUUGUUUGUAUCAUAAAAUUCAGAGGAAAUCUCUAUUUCUGUGUUUGUAUCUAUCUCACUUAUAAUAUGAGGUUUGGGUUCCCAGAAUCAUUCUAGUAUAUUAAAAUUUUUUCUAUUAAGCUCUUUGCAAUGAGUCUUGUCUUAAUUUUGCUUUAUAUAUUUGUAUAAUUUUUAAAUCGCUAAAAAUCCAUUCACGUAAUAAUUUUUGCAUUUUUCCUGUUAUGUAUAUAUUUCAAUCAUGAAUUACUACGGGAAGUUUCUUAGUGCUGAACACAUUUUAUCUAGUCACGUCCAUUACCAGUACCUAUCUAUGAGUUUUAUCUUUUUUUUGCCUAUGUUAGUCCAACAGAUUACAAAUGCUUUCAUUAGAUAGAUUUGCCACAGUUCUAUAAUAUUAUGCGAUCUGCUCCCAUCUGAGUUCCUUAGAUGAUGGGAAACUGCUUAUAGUUGAUAUCUAAGUUUGCUGUCAAAUUUAUAAACCUCUUUGAUACAUACGUAUUGAAUGUUAUGUAUUGCAGACUAAAAGUUUCCUCUUUAUUAACAAACUGAAACGAUCCAGGGGAGUUAUCUGCUGUAGUUUGCUAGUUAUAAUAAACACUUCAAGGGGAGGGAUUUGGUAAAAGAAUUUCAUCAUCACUCACUUGGCUAUACUUGAAUAAUUGAUUUCGUUAAUUUCUCUUUCUCUAUGUUCCACAUGUAAAUCUCCAUAUGAGUUUCGUUUCUGCUCAGUAUUGUGUGCUGAGAUUGGUGUGAAUAAACUUGUACUUUUAA